CGUCGAGCGAUAACCGUCGAACGUAUUGUAGUCGGAAUUUACGUCUGUCUGUUUUUAGAGUGUGACUGAGUGUGUGAGUUGUUUGGGCUACGGUUACGGUACGGUACUCACACCCCCGCAAACCGGUUAGCUGGUGGUGGUUCUAUCGUAAGCGCGGUUUGUGUGUGUGCGUGCGUGAGUUGUGUACGCUAAAUAAAGUUAAAUAAAAUGCAAAAGCAAUAAAUAAUACAACCAAAUUGUAAAAAGCAGAGCACAGCGCCAAAAAGGCAAAGCGUGUGUGUGUGUGCGUAUAGUGUAGCAGUCGUUGUGCAGAGUCGCCACCCCAGUGGAUUAGUGGCACCCUGUUACAAUUUGCUCACACUCCAAGUGUUAGUGUGUGUUUGUGUAUUGUGCAUAAACAUUAACUAAAUCAAUUGAUCAAUUUAGCCAUCGUCAAAACACUAUCGAAGUGCAGCUGAGUCACCGGGUCUACUCCUCACCUUCUCACUAUCGUCGCGUUCGUGUGUGCCUAGAAAGGGUGUCUGUUUUGCAUUUAAUCGAUACAGCCAAGAGACCAACCCCGAGCGGAAAACUCAUAAUCCGGAGUGGACUACAAAAUGGCCUAUAUGAUGCCCAACGAACGCCUCAAAUGGCUAACGCUGUGCGCAGCUGUUGCUGUUCUUGCCACUGUUAGCAGCACUUUAGCUGCCAAUCCACCGGAUGCUGACCAAAAGGGACCCGUUUUUCUCAAAGAACCCACCAAUCGCAUUGACUUCUCAAACUCCACGGGCGCCGAAAUCGAAUGCAAAUCCAGUGGUAAUCCCAUGCCCGAAAUCAUUUGGGUCCGUAGCGAUGGCACCGCCGUGGGUGACGUGCCCGGCCUGCGUCAGAUCUCGUCGGAUGGCAAGCUGGUUUUCCCGCCCUUCCGCGCCGAGGAUUAUCGUCAGGAAGUGCAUGCCCAGGUCUACGCCUGUCUGGCACGCAACCAGUUUGGCUCAAUCAUAUCCCGGGACGUGCAUGUGCGAGCAGUUGUGCAACAGUUCUACGAGUCGGAGGUUAACAAUGAGUAUGUCAUACGCGGCAAUUCGGCAGUUCUCAAGUGUUCCAUACCAUCUUUUGUGGCGGACUUUGUGCAGGUGGUUUCCUGGCAAGACGAAGAGGGCGAACUCUAUGGAACACUCGAGGACCAACAGGGCAUGGACGGCAAAUACCUCGUUCUGCCCUCCGGCGAGCUACACAUUCGUGAAGUCGGACCCGAAGACGGAUACAAGAGCUAUCAAUGCCGCACCAAGCAUCGUUUGACUGGAGAGACGCGUCUGAGUGCGACCAAAGGACGUUUGGUCAUCACAGAGCCCGUUGGCAGCGUGCCGCCCAAAAUUAGCAUCGGGGAGCGACGCAAGGAUGCCGAGGUGCCCUUGAAGGGAGAUCUGAGCAUCUUUUGUCCAGCACAGUCCUAUCCAGUGCCAGCCUAUAGAUGGUACAAAUUCAUUGAAGGAACCACCCGUAAACAGGCUGUGGUGCUGAACGAUCGCGUCAAACAGGUUUCGGGCACACUCAUCAUCAAGGACGCCGUUGUCGAGGAUUCGGGCAAAUAUUUGUGUGUUGUGAACAAUUCGGUGGGUGGCGAAAGCGUUGAGACUGUUCUGACCGUGACUGCGCCACUUUCGGCUAAGAUCGAUCCUCCCACACAAACUAUUGACUUUGGACGUCCCGCCGUGUUCACCUGCCAGUACACCGGCAAUCCGAUUAAGACCGUUAGCUGGAUGAAGGACGGCAAGGCCAUUGGACACAGUGAGCCAGUUCUGCGCAUCGAAUCGGUCAAGAAAGAGGACAAGGGCAUGUAUCAAUGCUUUGUGCGCAACGAUCAGGAAUCCGCCGAGGCUAGCGCCGAGCUAAAACUUGGCGGCCGCUUCGAUCCGCCCGUCAUCCGCCAGGCUUUCCAAGAAGAGACCAUGGAGCCAGGUCCAAGUGUAUUCCUAAAGUGCGUAGCUGGUGGCAAUCCCACACCCGAGAUCUCCUGGGAAUUGGAUGGCAAGAAGAUUGCCAACAACGACAGAUAUCAAGUGGGCCAAUAUGUCACUGUCAAUGGCGAUGUGGUCUCCUAUUUGAAUAUUACCUCCGUACAUGCCAACGAUGGUGGCCUCUACAAAUGCAUUGCCAAAUCCAAAGUGGGCGUGGCUGAGCACUCCGCCAAACUAAAUGUCUACGGCUUACCCUACAUUCGUCAGAUGGAGAAGAAGGCUAUUGUUGCUGGCGAGACCCUAAUAGUCACAUGCCCCGUGGCGGGUUACCCCAUUGAUUCCAUUGUCUGGGAGCGCGAUAAUCGCCCUCUGCCCAUCAACCGCAAGCAGAAGGUCUUCCCUAAUGGCACACUUAUUAUUGAGAACGUGGAGCGCAAUUCGGAUCAGGCAACGUACACGUGUGUGGCAAAGAAUCAGGAGGGUUAUUCGGCUCGUGGUUCACUGGAGGUGCAAGUCAUGGUGCUGCCGCAGAUAGUGCCAUUUCCAUACGAGGAUGUGAUCAAUACCGGCGACUCCAUUGACUUGUUUUGCCAAAUUCAAAAAGGAGAUCGUCCCAUAAAGGUGCACUGGAGCUUUGAGCGCAGUGCCAGCGACAGCGAUGCCAGCGACAGCGAUAUGCUCCAGCCGCAAAUGCGCACCAAUCGCAUCAGCAGCAAGACCAGCAUGUUGUCCAUACAGAGCGCUAGUCCAGCCCAUACGGGCACCUAUACAUGCAUCGCCAGCAAUGCGGCGGGCACGACCAGAUACGGCGUGAACCUGACUGUCAAUGUGCCACCUAGAUGGAUACUCGAGCCAACAGACAAAGCCUUCGCCCAGGGCUCCGAUGCCAAGGUUGAGUGCAAAGCUGACGGUUUCCCCAAGCCCCAAGUGACAUGGAAAAAAGCAGUUGGCGAUACACCCGGCGAGUACAAGGAUUUGAAGAAGAGCGACAACAUUCGCGUCGAGGAGGGCACACUGCACAUUGACAACAUACAGAAGACUAACGAGGGCUACUACUUGUGUGAGGCCAUCAACGGCAUCGGCUCGGGACUCUCAGCCGUAAUUAUGGUCAGUGUCCAAGCGCCACCAGAGUUCACGGAGAAGCUGCGCAAUCAGACCGCCCGUAGAGGCGAACCGGCCGUGUUGCAGUGCGAGGCAAAGGGUGAGAAGCCCAUCGGCAUUUUGUGGAACAUGAACAACAUGCGCCUGGACCCCAAGAACGACAAUCGCUACACGAUUCGCGAGGAAAUACUCUCUGCCGGCGUCAUGUCCAGCUUGUCUAUCAAACGCACCGAACGCUCUGACUCCGCGCUAUUCACUUGUGUGGCCACCAAUGCCUUUGGCUCGGACGAUGCCAGCAUAAAUAUGAUUGUGCAGGAAGUGCCGGAAAUGCCGUACGCUUUGAAGGUUCUGGACAAAUCUGGUCGCUCCGUGCAGCUAAGCUGGGCCCAACCCUACGACGGAAACUCCCCACUGAAUCGUUAUAUUAUUGAGUUCAAACGCUCACGAGCAUCCUGGGAUGAGAUCGAUCGCGUUAUGGUUCCCGGACACACAACCGAAGCGCAAGUACAGAAACUUAGCCCUGCCACCACCUACAAUAUUCGCAUCGUGGCUGAGAAUGAGAUUGGCUCCUCGCAAUCGUCGGAGGCCGUAACCAUUAUCACAGCCGAAGAGGCACCGUCGGGCAAGCCCCAAAACAUCAAAGUUGAUCCAGUUAAUCAGACAACGCUGCGCGUCAUGUGGAAGCCACCACCACGUUCUGAUUGGAACGGCGAAAUCCUUGGCUACUAUGUCGGCUACAAGCUAUCCAACACCAACUCUUCCUAUAUUUUUGAGACCAUUAAUUUCAUCACCGAAGAGGGCAAGGAGCACAGCUUGGAACUGAACAAUCUGCGCGUGUACACUCAGUACUCGGUGGUCAUUCAGGCCUUCAAUAAGAUCGGCGCAGGUCCUCUGAGCGAUGAGGAGAAACAGUUUACCGCCGAAGGCACACCCAGCCAGCCCCCCAGCGACACUGCCUGCACGACUCUGACCUCGCAAACCAUUCGCGUCAGCUGGGUCAGCCCACCUCUAGAGUCGGCCAACGGUGUGAUCAAGACCUACAAGGUUGUGUAUGCCCCCAGCGAAGAGUGGUACGAUGAGACCAAGCGCCAUUACAAGAAGACUGCCUCCUCCGACACUGUGCUCCAUGGCCUGAAGAAGUACACAAACUAUACCAUGCAGGUGCUGGCCACCACAGCCGGAGGCGAUGGAGUUCGCAGCGUGCCCAUUCACUGCCAGACCGAACCCGAUGUUCCCGAAGCGCCCACCGAUGUCAAGGCUUUGGUUAUGGGAAAUGCCGCCAUUUUGGUAUCCUGGCGCCCACCAGCACAACCCAACGGCAUUAUCACCCAAUACACUGUCUACUCGAAGGCUGAAGGUGCAGAGACUGAAACGAAAACCCAAAAGGUACCGCACUAUCAAAUGAGCUUCGAGGCAACUGAACUGGAGAAGAACAAGCCCUACGAAUUCUGGGUCACGGCCAGUACCACCAUUGGCGAGGGCCAGCAGUCGAAGAGCAUCGUGGCCAUGCCCAGCGACCAGGUGCCCGCCAAGAUCGCCUCCUUCGACGACACGUUCACUGCCACAUUCAAGGAAGACGCCAAAAUGCCUUGCUUGGCCGUGGGAGCACCUCAGCCCGAGAUCACAUGGAAGAUUAAGGGCGUUGACUUUAGUGCCAACGAUCGCAUGCGCCUAUUGCCCGAUGGUUCGCUAUUGAUUAAGUCGGUGAACCGCCAGGAUGCCGGCGACUAUUCCUGCCAUGCCGAGAACUCCAUUGCAAAGGACUCGAUUACCCAUAAGCUCAUCGUAUUGGCACCACCUCAGUCACCUCACGUCACGCUCUCGGCCACCACCACCGACGCCCUGACCGUCCGACUGAAGCCCCAUGAGGGCGAUACAGCUCCCCUGCAUGGCUACACAUUGCAUUACAAGCCAGAAUUCGGCGAGUGGGAAACAGCUGAGGUCUCUGUAGAAUCCCAAAAGCACAAUAUUGAAAACUUGCUAUGCGGCUCACGCUAUCAGGUCUACGCCACAGGCUUCAACAAUAUUGGCGCCGGCGAAGCCUCCGACAUUCUGAACACACGCACCAAGGGCCAGAAGCCCAAACUGCCAGAGAAACCACGUUUCAUUGAGGUGUCAUCCAACUCGGUUUCGCUGCACUUCAAGGCCUGGAAAGAUGGAGGCUGUCCCAUGUCCCACUUUGUUGUCGAGAGCAAGAAACGUGAUCAAUUGGAAUGGAACCAAAUCUCAAAUAAUGUUAAGCCCGACAACAACUACGUUGUACUCGAUCUGGAGCCCGCCACCUGGUACAAUCUGCGCAUUACCGCCCACAACUCGGCUGGUUUCACUGUUGCCGAAUACGAUUUUGCCACUCUCACCGUAACCGGAGGCACAAUUGCGCCUCUCGACGACGGCACGGGCCAUGGAAAUGUCCAUGCCCGGAUUCCCCUGCCCGCCUGGAUGCCCGAGUGGCUGGAUCUGAACUUUAUGGUGCCAUUGAUUGCCACCGUUGUUGUGGUUGCCGUUGGCAUCUGUGUUGUCUGCGUGGCGCUCUCCCGAAGGCGUGCAGAUGAUAUGCGGGGCGGCCAAAAGGAUGUAUAUUACGAUGUAGUUUACAAUCAGACAAUGGGACCCGGCGCCACCCUGGACAAACGCCGCCCGGAUCUCCGUGACGAGCUCGGCUAUAUCGCACCACCGAACCGGAAGCUGCCACCUGUGCCCGGCUCCAACUACAACACCUGCGACCGGAUUAAGCGAGGUACAGUCAUAAGCCGCGGUGGCUUGCGCUCGAACCACUCCACUUGGGAUCCACGCCGUAAUCCGAAUCUGUACGAGGAACUGAAAGCACCCCCAGUGCCCAUGCAUGGCAUUGGCAAUCACUACGGCCAUGCCCAUGGCGCUCCCGAGUGCCAAUAUAGACAUCCAGGCAUGGAAGAUGAGAUCUGCCCCUAUGCUACGUUCCAUCUGCUCGGCUUCCGCGAGGAAAUGGAUCCCACCAAGGCCAUGAACUUCCAGACCUUCCCGCAUCAGAAUGGACACACGCCCGUACCCGGACAUGCCGGUACCAUGCUGCCACCUGGUCAUCCCGGACAUGUGCACUCUCGCUCUGGAUCCCAAUCGAUGCCUCGUGCCAAUCGCUACCAACGCAAGAACAGCCAAGGCGGCCAGUCCUCGAUCUAUACCCCAGCACCCGAAUAUGACGAUCCUGCCAACUGCGCCGAAGAGGAUCAAUACCGCCGCUACACACGUGUCAACUCUCAGGGCGGCAGCUUGUACUCUGGACCCGGACCCGAAUAUGAUGAUCCCGCCAACUGCGCACCUGAGGAGGAUCAGUACGGCUCUCAGUAUGGUGGUCCCUAUGGUCAGCCCUACGAUCACUAUGGAUCCCGCGGUUCAAUGGGACGUCGUAGCAUUGGCUCUGCACGCAAUCCAGGCAAUGGCUCGCCUGAGCCACCUCCACCACCACCACGUAACCAUGACAUGAGCAACUCCUCGUUCAAUGACUCCAAGGAGAGCAACGAGAUCUCAGAGGCCGAGUGCGAUCGCGAUCAUGGACCACGCGGCAACUAUGGUGAAGACUCCAAUGAGGCUGUAAAAAGAUCACCACAACCGAAAGAUCAACGCACCACCGAAGAGAUGCGUAAAUUAAUCGAGAGUCGCAGGCAGUUAAACGAAGCCGGCCCAAAACAACUCCAACUCCAACAAACAAAUGGCGCAGGAUUCACAGCCUACGAUACUAUGGCAGUGUAAUUUGUAAGCGGCUUGCAGUGGGCGUGGCAUUUUAGCUUAGUGUUUCAAGUCAAUGAAGUGCGUGGGAGUUGAAUGACACACACACACAAACACACAUACAUUAAUAUAUAUUUAUAUAUAUAUAUAUAUAAGUAUAUAUGCAGUCAGUCUUAUUUGAAAAGCAUUUGCAUCACAGAAGUAAGCAACGCAUAAAGCGCAUACAUAUAUAUAUACAAUUAUUAACUAUUUCAAAUAUUAAUAAAAAAAAGUCGAAAAGCAUACUUAUAUGCAUACACACACAAACACACACAUACACACAUACAGAAAAUACCAAACAAUGUUUGUCUAAAAACCAAAUGCAAAUCAAUUUUUGCAUUUAAAUUAAAACUCUUAAAACGAAACGAAAAGAAAAGAAAAACAAAA